CUGUUUAACUUCCGGGGUAAAGGGUCAAAUUCGCGCUUCGAGGUUUCUCUGGUCUGUGGGGCAGCCUUUUCUUAUUAUAAAAACCUUUUAACAUAAAUUGGCCACGUGAAACUACGUGAGUGAGUGUAAGUAACGUGAACUUGAGUCUUCCGUGUUAAACAUGUCGUCGGAAAGAGCGAUCGGACCCGCUGUACCCCGGAUGCUUAAAAAGGAAGAGCGCGAGGAAGACUCUGAUUAUGAGGAUGGAUUCUCUGGCCCUGCUUUGCCUCCCGGGUAUAAACGUGCAGGACCUUCCAGCUCCUCGGAGGACAGUGAACAGGAAGUGUCCACCAAAAGAGCGAGAACAAAACACACCGCUGCACGGACAUCUGCAGAAAAGUUGGAGAACACAAAGGUAAAAGAAACCGCAGAUGACGGGUUUUUUGGACCAGCCUUACCACCAGGGUUCAGGAAACAACAAAGUUCACCAGAAAGGCCACCCGUGCUGGGACCAGCCUUGCCUCCUGGGUUUCGCAGGGCAGCAUAUGAAAACGAUGACGAUGAUGAAGAUGGAGAGGAUUUUCCAGGGCCUGCCUUGCCCCCUGGGUACCAGGCGGAGUCCUCCAGCAGUGGGGAAGAGGACGUGAUUGGGCCAAUGCCGCCCACAGGCCCUAUCGAGGACUCCGUGGCCCUAGACUUUGAGCGCAGAGCACGCAGAAUGAAAGACAAGCUGACGGGAGACAACACUCCCGAGGUGGUGGCCAGGGAAACGUGGAUGACGGAGCUCCCACCCGAACUGCAGCACAUCGGCCUGGGGGCUCGAACCUUCAAGAAGAAGUCAGGUCCGAAGAACAAGGAUCGCUCCAUUUGGACGGAUACGCCAGCAGACAGGGAGCGCAAGAUCGAGGAACGCCUUGAGAAAAAGAAGAAGGGUGAGGAGGAGGUAGAAGACGUCCCACAAAUCUCCCAAAAGGAUGUGGAAAUGGCCAAAAAAGUGUCAAAGUAUAACGAGUCUAAACGUGCUGAGUCUCUGGUGAGUAUGCACACAAAGAAGAUCAAGGAAAAAGCAAAGGAGAAGGCUGACAAACCAGUAGAGAGGAGAGCAUUUGAUCGGGAGGAAGACCUGCAGGUCAAUCGCUUUGAUGAAGCACAGAAGCAGCGGCUGUUGAAGAAAUCUCAGGAACUGAACACGCGAUUCUCCCACAGCAGCGACCGAAUGUUCCUGUGACAUUGUCAAUAUGCUUGACAAUGUGCCAUUUAUUAGACGUUGAGGUUUUGUAAAAAUAUGGACUGUUUGUAGGGAUUCCUUUGUUACAAAAAAGGGGGAGUACUAUUCAGCUUAACUGCACCAAAAAGUAUAUUCAAGAAAUGGCAAUUUGUAGGAGUAAAUGACACCAACUUGGCGGAAAGCUUUCAAACCGAUUCAAGCUGUUAUAAAGCAGCAGCCAGUGGAGCUUGUAUCAUUUUUGCAGUAGACACGUCUAGUCUUCUGGGGGGAAAGCAAUGCUGAAAUAAAUUUCAUACUUUAAAAAUGUUGUACUGUAUA